AUGCUUUCCAAGACCCUUCUUUUGGCUCUCGUCGCCGCUCCCUUCGCUGCUGCUCACGGCAAGGUCGCCGCCGUCGUUGGCGAUGCUGGCGGCAACGGUACCGCUUUGGGCAUUCAGGGAGGUGUGGUCCCUGGUCCCGGUCCCAACAAGAAGACCGAACUGGACACCACCGUCUUCUCGAGCAAGAACAUCAUGACCGACGGUCUCGGAAAGACCACGGGCCAGGGCAAGGUCAAGCUCGAUGACAUCAGACAGGUGAUGGAGCUGUCCGGCAGCACCCUCCCCCAGGUCUCUGCUACUGGCGGCAACAUCACUGGUACUUUCCACAUUGUCACCACCGACGGUGCUGGCUCUCUGCAGGCCGUUCUCGACACCACGGGAACCGGCGCCUUCUCUCAGGGUACCAAGCUCCAAGUUCUCCAGCAGGUUCCCGGCAAUGGUGGCAACAUCAGGCCCAACGGCAAGGUCCCCGGCGGCAAGCGCUCUCUAUGGGAGAGGGCUAUGAGCGUCAUCACCAAGCGUGCUUCCAACGUCAACAUGGACUUCCCCAUGGCCUUCGCAGUGCCCGCUGGAACCACCUGCUCUGGUUCCAUGGGUGGCCAGAGCAAUGUCUGCUUGGUCAAGAUUGCCAACAGCAACGCUGCCGGUCCUUUUGGCGGUGUUGUCCCCUUUCAGAUUGCCGGCAGUGGGUCGGACACUAACACCACCGCCACGAAUGGCAAGCGCACUGUUGAGUUCCAGGCAUAA